UCCCAUAAUCCUCUCUCCUCCACCAUGCGUAUACUAUCACUGGCCAGUGCCGCCUCCCUUCUUUCUCUUCUCCCGCACACCGCACACGCCUCCGUGCUCGCUAUAGACUAUGGCACGGACUGGAUGAAGGCGUCGGUGAUGAGCCCUGGCAUCCCGUUCGACGUGCUGCUAAACAAGGACUCCAAACGGAAAAUACAAGCCUCCGUGGGGUGGAAGAAAGACACUCGACUGUUCGGGGGAGAUGCGUUUAAUCUCGCGUCGCGCUUCCCCCUCGACUCGUUCUCUCUGAUAAAACCUCUCCAGGGGGUCCCGUUCGACAGCGAUGCGGUGGCCUUCUAUGAGUCGAUAUCGACGACGGAAGUGCUCAAGACAUCUCGGGGGACCGUCGGGUUCAGGCAGUCGGACGGCAACGAGUGGUCCGUUGAGGAGCUCGUGGGGAUGCAGUUCGCAUACGUGAAGCAACUCGCAGAGACGUUCACGGGGGAUAAAGUCAGCGACGUGAUCGUCACCGUCCCGCCGUACUUCUCGCAGUACCAGCGCGACGCGGUCGUCGACGCCAUCGAGGUCUCGGGUCUGCGCACGCUGGCGCUGAUCAACGACGGCACGGCGGUGGCCGUGACUACGCUAUGA